UUAUUUAAUGCACACGAUGCUGGAAAUGGCAUAAUGCAAGAUCCUGUGCCCGCCCCUCUCGAUGCCAGCUAUAUAGCUCCUCAGAGCAUACUGAAAAGGGCCAUGCCAAUCGCUGCACAGCCCUGGAACCUCAUCAAUGCCCUCCUAGAUGCAUACACUAGGACCCUAACACAAGGCAUAGGACAACCUUGGUGGAAUAAAGACUGCAAGAAUGCAUUACACAAUUACCGCUCAGGCCUCUGCUCAAAGACAGACUUCCGCAGGAUAACCAGAUGGUCUCAACGACAAUUUUGGCGAGAUAAGCUCUCUACAGUAACACAAAUGAAGGACGUCUUCAAUAUGAGCACCUUCCGAAGCCCUCCACUGAAGGAUCCACUGAGACCUAGCAGCCUCCCAGCAGUUACUAUACACGAGAAACGAGACGUACUAGUCCGAAAUCUUCUUCAAAACUCGGCUGAGGCAGGAGACAUACCUCUGGACUCCCCAGCAGUCCCUAUCACUAGCCUCUACUUUCCAGACAUAUCAAUGUCACAGGUGGAGGAGUCAAUACUUCAGGCAGGAAACACAGCUCCUGGCGCAGACGAAAUCCCAACCUGCAUACUCAAAGUAGCAUGGCCUUUAAUUAAGGAUAAGCAAUUAUCUAGAAACCAAAAAAGACUGAUUGGUCCUCGCCCAGAUCAUACAGACCGAUCGCUCUCCUAUCAGUUCUUGGCAAAGGACUCGAGCGCCUAGUGGCACGGAAUAUGGCAUGGAUCUCUAUACACUACAAAGUAUUAGCGAGACAACAGUUUGGAGCUCUCCCACUAAGAUCUGCAAACGAUCUGACU